AUGAGCUCGUACCUCUCAUCCUUUACCACCUCUUCGGCCAUUUCUGGCCUGGGCUCCCGGCUCACCAACCUUCGCCGUGCCAUUACCCUAGGCGACGAAGGAGACGACCCUGACAAUGAAGACUGCUCCCACAUCUCCAACGCCCUUCGCGCCUACUACACCGAAAAGGGCCGUCCGUUCCCACCAUGGCUCCCCCAAGAUCCCAAGGGUCCAGCUCCGGCCCCCUCCCGCCAGAUUGCGACUUCACAACUACCCUCCGGUGGCUACAACCAAGCGCCCACCAACCAAAACGCCGGCCGGGGCGGCGGUCUAGGUGAUCUAUGGGGUGAUUCUCCCUCAUCUCAAGGACCGGUCCCGCAGACAGCUAGUCUUCGUCGCGGACGUGGUGGCACAGCACCACCGCUCGCCUCGGCCAACAGUGCGCCAUCAGGUCCGGCCAUUACACUUUCUCAGUCCCAUUCGCCUGCUGCAUCGGGCUCCCCCAGUCCAUCUGGAGGGCGGCCAUUGCCCAGUCAGCGAGCUGGCUCGAGUCAGUCUGCCCAGACUCGUCCGAAUCUUGAUCGUGUUGGAUCGGGUGGUGGUUCAGCCCAGGACCGACUGCGAGCCAGAUUACAGGGAGGAAGAUCCCCUAGUCCCCAUGUUGACCCCAGUGUCCGGAAGCCUGUUGGAAUGUCUGGAAGACGGUGA